AACCGGCGGGGAGAGAUGAGCUGCAGGGUGUGCGUCACCGGAGCCGCCGGCUACAUCGGCUCCUGGCUCGUCAGGAAGCUCCUCGACAGAGGCUGCGCCGUCCAUGCGACCAUACGGAACAUCGGUGACGAGAAGAAGACGGCGCUGCUCAAGGGGCUGCCCGGCGCGGCGGAGAGGCUGACGCUGUUCCAGGCGGACAUCUACGACGCCGUCACCUUCGAGCCAGCCAUCCAGGGCUGCGACUUCGUCUUCCUCGUCGCCACCCCGCUGAUGCACAACACCGGCAGCUCAAAGUACAAAGACACAACGGAGGCAAUCGUGGACGCGACACAUGCUAUCCUAGAACAAUGCGAACGGUCGAAAACGGUGAGGCGUGUCAUCCACACAGGCUCUGUCGUGGCCUCGGCGCCGCUCAGGGAGGAUGGCGAGGGCUACAAAGAGUUUAUGAGCGAAUCCUGCUGGACGCCGCUUGUUGUUCCCUAUGGUCACAGCAACGAAUUCUUGGACGCUUAUGUAUCCUCCAAGACCCUCUCUGACAAGGAGCUACUCAAGUACAACGACUCCUCUUCAUCCACCACGGCGAGGUCAUUCGACGUCGUCGUCCUGCUAUGCGGCCUCGUCGGAGGAGACACCAUCCUGCCCUACACCCCUGACAGCAUGAACACCAUGCUGUCGCCUCUCACCGGCGUCGAGGUUUACCACAAGAACCUAAGGUUCCUGCAGUCCCUCCUCGGCUCCGUGCCACUGGUUCAUGUCGACGACGUCUGCGAGGCGCACAUUUUCUGCAUGGAGCGCUUCACGGACAUCGCCGGCGGCCGAUACCUCUGCGCCGCGGCGUACCCCAACAUGCAGGAUAUUCUGGAGCACUACGCUGGCAAGCACCCGCAGCUCAAGCUGAUGAUCAAAGAGGUGGUGGGAGAGGGAGUGAGAGUGCAAGCUAAUACAAAGAAGCUUGUGGAGCUGGGGUUCAAGUAUAAGUACGGGGCAGAGGAGGUGCUAGAUGGCAGCCUGGAGUGCGGCAAGAGGCUGGGAUUGCUCUGAUGCAUAACAUUGCCAUGCCACCGUCUGUUAGUGCUAGAUUUAUUCUCAGUUUUUAAAAAACUUUAAAGUAUUAUUUUUGAAUAUUUCAAAAAAGAGCUAGAUGUGGCUCAAGCUACGUUUGUGGUUUCCGGGAGUAGAGUGUGGCGUUUUGGAGACCGAGCUCUUUAUUUUCAAACACUCAAAAUUCGUAUUUUAAAGUUUUAAAAAAAUGGAAAUAAAAUUCUGAAGAUAGCCAAUGAUGUAUGUUACAAUGGUGUUAAAUAUUAAUGCAAAUUAAUUUGUAUUUUAAGCUACACGAAAUUGACAAAAUCUGACAUACUUUACAGUCUUGAAACAUGCACUAUUCACUAUAAAAUUUGUCACAAUUUCUUAUUUUUGUGUAGCCUAAAUAUGAAGUAGUUUGUAUUGAGAUUUUACUCAUUGUAGCUAUCUGCAAAAUUUUGAUUCGAAUUUUUUAAAAUUUUGAAUCAUGAAUUCUGAGUGUUUGUAAAUAAAGGGCUAGGUGUAGCUCAGCCUUCAUUUGAACUUUUCCCUGGUUGCCACUAUGUAACCUUUAGACAUUAUGUGUUCAUGUUCUUGUGAUUAAUAUUAGGUUGGUCACCUGUACUGACCAAAGAUAAAUAAAUAAAGAUUUCU